AUGCCACGCUUCUCGUUCGCGAUUGCAGAGACCGACAUCGACCGUGCGACUGGCCUCAGCCCUCCCUCGAGCGAGGCGCUCGAACUCGAGGCGACUGGCCUCAGCCCUCCCUCGGGCGAGGCACUUGAGCUCGAGGCGACUGGCCUCAGCAUUCCCUCGGGCGAGGCACUUGAGCUCGAGGCGACUGGCCUCAGCCUUUCAGCAAGAGAGGCGCUGAAGGCACUGCCGGCGGCGGCACGGCGGGAGAUCCUGGAGCUGGUGCUCGCCAGGCAGCCUAGUGCGCCUCAGGUGGCAGUGCCGGCGCCGCCUCCGUCGGCUCCGCUGCCGAAUUCGCAUACCGCCGCGCCCAAAGCGUUGAGACGCUCCACGUCGGAAGCCGGCCCGCCCCUCCUCGGCCGCAACCGAGCCAACCGCGGCGCGUUCCCUCAACGCCUUGGCGUCGGCGAUGGGUGGGCCUCCUCAGCCGCCUCCUCGUGGGCGACCCACGCUCAGCUGCCGCCGCCGCCGCCUGCCGACCGAUCUGAUUCGCAGGCUGCCUCGGCGGCCACCGCCUUGAUCGGGUUCAGCGGGCGCUCGGCGAGCGCCGCCAGCAAGAAGCCCCCAGAGGCCUCGACUCAGCAGGUAGUGGUGCGGAAGAAGCCGCGCUGUGCCAAGUGGACUGAGGAGCUCAAGGCGGCGGUCGGCGGCCCCUUUUUCUGCUGUGACGGCCUCAACGGCAAGUGCACCGAGAAGCGGCCGAGGACCGAGGCGGGGAACUGGGCCAAGCACAUGCUCUCCCCGCAGGAGCAGCGCAGCCGCGGCACCAAACGGCGGUUCUGCGGCCAGUGCCGGAUCCCAGUCGUCGACGACUAG